AUGCCCGAGUCAAUCCCCAAAUCAAUGAAGGCGGCCGUCGUCAAGGACUUCAACAAAGGCUACGAAGUCCGCGACAUCGAGGUCCCAGCCGACCUCGGCCCCAACGACAUCCUCGUCAAAAUCGGGGCAGCAGGUUACUGCCACACCGAUCUCCAGGUCCUCCAAGGCGUUUAUGCCUCUGCAGGCGCCAAACCCGGCCUCGUCGGCUCUCACGAACCCGCGGGCACAGUCGUGAAAGCUGGUUCGGAGGCGCAUAAAUCAGGGAUCCACGUCGGUGACCGUGUGGGAUCGAUCAACACCUAUGCAUUCUGUGGUGAAUGCAAUGCAUGCCGGCAUCAAGGGCAGCAGCUCUGUGAGAAGUUGGUCGGCAUGCUUGGACUCACCAUCAACGGUGGAUUCUCGGAGUAUAUGAAAGCCGAUGCGCGGGUGGUCGCGAAGAUCCCCGAGUCGGUUUCGAUGGUGGAGGCCGCGCCGCUUUUCUGCGCUGGGGCAACUGUCUACGGGGCCCUGCUAGCUUCCGGGGUGAAGAGUGGAGAGUGGUUGGCUAUUGUUGGAGUUGGUGGGCUGGGACACCUUGGUAUUCAGUACGCGAAAGCCAUGGGCAGCAAGGUUGUUGCCAUCGACAAUCGGCGUGAGGGUAUCGAUGUUGCCAUGUCUGUUCCGGAGCAUCUAAGGCCUGAUAAGACCUUUGUCAUUGACUCGGAUGAGGCUCAGCAGAAGGUCAUCGAGGAGCUGCAGUCAUCUUUCUACGAAACAAAUGCGGGUGUCGAUCGGGUUGUUAUCGAUGCGGAGGCAAGGCAUUUAGUCAAGAUGUCACAGCAGUUCCUGAGGAAGGGUGGCACAUUGGUUGAUGUUGGACUGCCAUCUGAUGGGCCUUUCGAAGUUGAUCCAUUUGCUUUGAGCUUCAAGGAGCAGACGGUCAAGGGCAGGUUGAUCUGCACUCCUGAGCAGAGUCAGGAUAUGAUCAAUUUGCAUGCUAAGCAUGGAUGCAAGACGUAUAUUGAGAAGACGUACAGCGUGGACCAGAUCAACGAGAUUUGUGAGCACUACCAGAGCAAAAACCUGAAGGGAAGACUAUGUAUGGUUUUCUAG